AGUCCCCUGGGAGAUGAGACCGGUGCCCCAGGACAUCUACAAGCAGCAGAAGGAACUCAGGCAGAAGCAACCUUCGCACAACACGAGCAGCCACUUCAGCGGUGCUCUACGCCUAUUAGUGGCACAGUCCCCAGCUCUUUGGACUUGGACGGCACUCCUCAGACUUCGCAGCCCGACACCGAUCCUGUGGACAUGAGCGACGAGGAGAGCGACUCUGAGGACAUGUACAGCGAUGCCCUGGACACCAGCUAUCGGCCAAAUGAUUCGAUCGACUCCGAUGAGGAACUGGAUUCUCCAGAAACCAGUCCCUGGAACGACUCCGUGACCUCGGAUGAUGAAGGACCUGAUGCAGAGUGCAGCACCUCUGCCACGACCACCAACCCCGUGAAAGAAAGGAAGUUCAUCGUCUGCGCUUCAAUGCUCCUACAGUUGUUUUCGGUCUGUAGGGAAUGCUUGGCUCCUACACAUACAAGUUUGAAGGAACGGGGGACCUUGCUGCAUGCCGUGACUGUGUGUGUAAGGGGCCACAAGACUGUCUGGGAAAGCCAGCCCAGGAUUAAUGGGAAGGCAUUGAUGAAUCUUCUCCUACCCGCCGCCAUUACAUUCUCUGGGGCCAGUCCUACACGAGUUAUUCGUCUCCUGAGCUCUGUAGGUGUUGCCGUUCUUCAAAAGAGCCAACUCUUCCUGAUUCAAGGCUGUCUGGUGUUCCCUGCCGCUGCAAAGGUAUGGAAAGAAGAGCAGACCACCCUCCUUACAGCGAUGCGUGGCAGCAAGCUUCACCUGGCAGGCGACGGCCGUGCCGAUUCUCCCGGCUACUCGGCGAAGUAUGGCACGUACACGCUGCUGGAAACAAACAUCAACAAAAUCCUACACUUCGAGGUUAUCCAGUCAACAGAAGUCAAGUCCAGCAACAACAUGGAAACCGAGGGCCUCAAACGUUCCUUCGACCAUCUCCAGGGCUGGGGGUUCUGCCCGCAUGUGCUCGUCACGGACCGCCACUUUGGGGUGAACGCCCUGAUGAAGAGCAACUACCCCAACACCAAGCACCGUUUCGAUGCAUGGCAUGUUGCCAAAGGCAUCGGGAGCAAGCUGGCCCUCGCGGGGAAAACAAAGCGCAACAGCCUGCUAAACAAGUGGGUCAAGACUGUCCGGGCACACGUUUACUGGUGUGCCCAAACCAGUGAUGACAAUGGUGCACUGGUGCUGGCCAAGUGGAUGUCCUUGAUGCGCCAUGUGGACAAUGUGCACCAGCAUCCCGACCCGCUCUACCCUGCUUGCACGCAUGCCCCAAUCGUUGAAGAACGCUGGUGGCUUCAUAAGGGAACUGAGCCGUACGACGCCCUCGAAAAGGUGGUAAUGUCACGACAGCUGCUGAAGGACAUCCCUAAGCUGUCUGGAGAUGGCCAGACGUACCGGCUCGAGUCCUUUCACAGCCUGCUGCUACGAUUUACCCCGAAGUCGAGCCACUUCAGUCUGGAGGGCAUGGAGGCACGGACUGCCAUUGCUGUCCUUCAUUACAACGCCAACUCGGACCGAAAGCAGGCCACAACCAAGGAUGGCAAGGACUGCUUUGUCCUGAAAUUCCCUAAGGCGAGGAAAGGCGAGUGGGUCGUCAACCGAAAAAUGGAGCCUGCGUCCUACGACUACACCCAGAAGCUGUUCGGCUGCUUCCUGGAGCUGGCAGAGGGAGUCCGGACCUACCAGGAGGCCCAGGCCACCUACGUUCCCCGCUCACGAGGGAAGUCUCUGUGCAGCGUUUCCCAGAGGCCAAACAAGGAAGCCGCCGUCCUGGCCCACAGGUCCAGGUUCUCGACUUAGCAGUAUUGGAACCCUGUGUAUGUGGCCGACGGAAACUGUUCCCUGAUCCUUCCGACCACACAGCAUGGGAGCCUGACACGUCGGCGACGGCCCAGCCUGCCCCAAAUCCACCAUACAAACUCCUUGUAGGCCGUGAACCUAUAUUUUCUGAAAAAGGUACAUGCCAUGUAGCAUUUCGGUAAAACUUGCUUUACCUGAACUAUCAAGUUGAGACACUCGCGAACCAGCACCCUUUCAUUUCAAUAACAACGAGCAAGACUAGUUUAUUUUCCCCACAACUUGUAUCUUUGGGGUCUGUCAGUUGCUGCACUUCGGCAACUCAGUUUGCCACAAAGGGCUUC